AUGUCGUACAACCCAUACGGAGGAUCAGGAAACCCUUACGGGCCUCCCCCAAGCUAUGGCGGUUUCCCAGGCUCCAACGCCGCGCCUGGCAUGGCUCCCCCACCAGGUCUAGGCCCUCCGCCAGGCAUGUCUUCUGCUCCGGGAAUGGCACCCCCUCCCGGUGUCCAACAGUCCAACAACGCACAAGCUAACCGACAAAGCGGCCUGCCGCCUAACUUCCAAGCUCCCGCGAACCUCCCCAACAUUAACUUCAGUGCGCCUGUUAUCCGAUUGGGAACCAUAGGCGCUAAGCCAGGCGCACCCGAUGCAGGGAGAAAGGAAAACAGCACACCCACAGGCGGUCGACCUGGACUGGGCAUGGACCGUGGUUUCGAUCAGUCGAGGGCUGCUGCACGAGAGCACAUGCAGUCGUUGGUUCCCCCGACCAACGAAGAGAAGUUGCGGACGCUAUUCAUUCACAAGAUUCCCGAGGGCGCUGGUGGUGACGAAGGCAUCGAGAGGCUUCUCUAUGCCGUGGGCAAGCUUCGACGAUGGGACGCUGCCGCCUCAGUUCUCUCAGACGGCAAAGGCUCUAAGUUUGGCUUUGCCCAGUACGAGGAUCCCGAGUCCUUCUCGACCGCCGCCGAACUGCUGCAGGAUGUCAAGGUUCCUCUUAAGCGCCAAAGCCCGACGGAAGCCCCGUCUUCGGAAGACGACACAUUUGAAGGAGUCGAGAUGGUCCAGCUCCAGGUCACGAUCGACCCGAAUUCUAUCAAGUACCUCGAAUCUUACAAGGAGAACAGAGGCGAUGACAGCGGUGCCGAGUCGAGGGUGCAGUCUGCGAAGGAAGCGCUGAAGCAGGUGGUACGAGACCUUGUCUACCCGAAGACCGCGACGACGACCGAUGGCGAAGGCGAUGUCAGCAUGGGUAACUCGGGCGAGAACGUCGAAGUCGUCAACAUUCCCCUGGCGCAGGACGACGAACUGGCAGACAUUCCUGCUGAAAUGCGAGAAGUCGUCGCUGCCGAGAUCGCAGCCUUCAGAGAACGCAGCAACCAGAGAGAUAUGGAACGUCUCAAGCGCGAAGAGGAGAUGGAGGAGAUGGAACGGACCCGCAACGCACCUUCACGUCCUUCGAGACUGGACUCGCCGCCUCCGUCCAGUUCGAACAACAUCCCGGUUGGUCCUCGCGGGAUGGCCAACGCGCCAUCUGGCCCCAGGGGACAGAAUGGGACGAGGACGACGUCUUUCGUGAACGGCGGCAUUUCCAAUGCGGAGCUGUCGAUCAACCGUGAGGACGAAGACACAGACGCCGAUGACGAGGAGCUCUACCAACGAGAGCUCUCCAAGCAAAAGUCGGAUGAGGACAAGAUGUACCUCGAAGCAGAGCGAAAGUGGGUAAACAGAGAGCGCUCCCGGGCUGCCGCUCUGGAACGAGAAAAGGACCGUGAGGCUCAGGAAGAGGAGAGUUUCGAAAGACGCAUGCAAGAACAGUUGGAGAGGGAAAAGGCCUGGGAUGACGAACGCGAGGCCUCGAGGAAGAAUCACCUGUACUACCGCGACCACGCCGCGUGGGUUAAGAAACGCCAGAUCGAGAGGGCGGACGAACUGGCUAGGGAUGAGGCGGACCGAAGAGCCGAGGAGGACGAGCGCCGUAGAGAAGCGGCGGACAUGGAGAAAGCACGCGGCAUGGCCGAUUCAUUCCUUGACCAGCAAGCUCAGGAGAUGGAGCAACGGCAGCAAGCUGCUGUCUCGGCACCAGCACCAUUCAAACUGUCACUUGGUGCCGCCGCUCAGCGUUCGCAGGCACAGCGCGCAGCACCGCAGCGGCGUACUGUUGCUGAAGUGGAGGGUCUCCUCGACGACGAAGAGCAAGACAACACGGCCAAGAGACAGCUCAUCCCUAUUCAAUUUGAGCCUACGACUGCGGCGGAUAAGAUGACGGAGGAAGAGAUUAGCAAAGCAGUUCGCGCGCUUGCACAGGAAAUCCCGUCAGAGAAGGAGGGACUAUGGAACUGGACCGUCCAGUGGGAUUUCCUGGACGACGCCAUCAUUCGCGAAAAGCUGCGGCCGUUUGUGGAGAAGAAGAUUGUCGAAUACCUCGGUGUCCAAGAAGAGUUGCUGGUCGAGGUGGUGGAGGAGCAUUUGCGCAAGCACGGCAAGCCCUCGGAUUUGGUUGAGGAGCUCGCACCAGCGCUUGAUGACGAGGCGGAGGACAUGGUCAAGAAGUUGUGGCGUAUGGUCAUUUUCUUCACUGAGAGUGAGAAGAGAGGAUAUCCGGCAUAG